CGGAGUGCAGUCGUCGCCGCGCACGGACAGCACGAGCAUCUGCUCCUUAGACGGCGGCCGCGUUUUAACCCAGUUCGAAGGCGAUCGAUAAACCCGGUCAACUGUUGUAACAAUGGCAACGAAAUCGAGUUUAUUUCUAUCUCGAAACAGUUGAACGGAGACCUUCGAAUUUGACGAGUAUCGCUGAAGAAAUCAUAGUGCGCGAGCUGGAGGAGGAAGAAUUAAGCUUUCGCGAUAAUCGUUGAGCGUGGGUGUACGAAGCGACCAAGUGUGACCGCAACAAUGCCAUCGAAUCUGACGUGACGCGCGUCGAUAGAGCGAGGCUGAGCGUAGUAUCGUUGCGUAACGCUAACAACAGAGCAGAGAGAAGAUCGUAGACCUUCCGGGGAAGGUGAAACUGGCCGCAGUGACUAGCCGGACAAGCGAGCAGCAACGGAUCGUCCUCGAGAUCGGGAAUGACGAGUACUGGACGAGACCGGUCGAUGGAACACAGAGAGGAAGAGGUUCCAUCCGCGGCACGAGGAUGACGCGAAGCAGGACGGUGGUCGGGUUCUCGAGGCUACUGGUCCUCGUGCCUGUCACCGUCUGCGCGACCAUCUCCUACCUCAACGAUCAACCAUCGUACCCAUCCUCGGCGUCCUCCUGGUUGCGAUGCAGCGACCGAACACCACCUCUUCAGACCUUGGCAAAGUGCCGAUACGACGACGAUUGCAUGCAGAACGCUUAUUGCUGGAACCAGGAAGCCUGUUUGUGCAAAGACAAUUAUAUCGUCUAUAGGAAUAGACGGCAAGUGGAGUGUUUGAAAGUGGCGAGCGCUAUCGGGGAUCCCUGCGUAACGGACAUCCAGUGUCGCGUUACCUUUGCUCCGUAUUCCGAGUGCCGACAAAAUAUCUGUCAAUGCUCCGAAGGUUCGCACUACGUUGAAGGAAGGUGUUACGAGUCGGUCGGUCUGGGUCAGAUCUGCCAGUCGCAUCACAACUGCUACAUCAGGGACAGCUACUGCGUGACAGGAUUUUGUGCCUGCACACUGAAAUCUCACCCGAAUCCACAGAACGACGGGUGCAUACCCAGUGCCGAACUGAACGAGAGGUGUUCGCACGAUUUCGAGUGCGUCACCGAGAAUUCCAGAUGCAUCGAGAUUUGCAUGUGCAAAGUGGAUCACGUGCUGUCGAACGACGGGAAGCAGUGCCUGAAUGCCGCCAAUUCGGUCGGGGAUCCGUGUCAAGAGGACUCUCAGUGCCAGAUAUUCCUAGAAAACUCUAAGUGCGGACCUAACGGCACGUGCAUCUGCGUCGACAAUUGGCACCAACGUGGUUCGAUCUGUCUAAGGGAUACCAGGUUGAACGAACGAUGCCUGAGUCACAUGGAAUGCAUCACCGACUCGUACAAGGAUUCCAGUUCGAUCGAAGUGAUGAACGUUGAUUGCGUCGACGGCAUUUGCGUUUGCGCCACCGAUUACACAAUGACCGAGGAUUCGCGCCACUGUAUUCGUUACAGCGAGAACGCCGCAACGAGUACCACAUCCUGGCGACAAAUUUUUCGAAUCCUGCCUGUCGUGGUGUUAAUCAGUGUCGCGAUACUUUAAACACCGGACAACUAGGAGAUAAUCGUUUAAAUUAUUGUUACGCUUGCUUGUAUCUUUAUCCGACGGUCAGAAUUUUAUAACCACUUCUUUCAUUGUAAAUAAGUCAGUGCAGAUAGAGCAGGCGCAUCGCUACCAAAGAUGGAUCCAUUUUUUCUUUUUCUUUUUUACCAGAUUAAUCGUCUUAGAAGUUGAUAUUUAUUUUCGAUCGUUUAAACGCGAAUUAAUAUAAAUAAUGAUUGUAAUACUGCUACCUAACGAACCAACGAUAUUUUAAAUAGACGUUAAUGAAUUUGUACAAAAAUAUAUUUGCUUCGGAAAUAA